AUAAUUUUUAUUUUUGCUUAAUGGCUAUCAUUAGAAAUAUAUUAAUGAUAGCUGCCGGGACUGGAAUUGGAUACGUUUUGAUGAAACUUGUUUCACCUGACGAAAAAUAUCUUGAGAAGAAAUUUCCUUUGCCUGAAAUUGACAACUAUCGCCCAUUCCUCAAAAGAUCCAGUAAAUUUCAAGAAAAAAAUAAAUUAACUAACUCUAUGUCUGACUCAGAAACUAAAAACGGAAAAGAGUCAUCCAGCAAAUAACACCCGGCUGCUAUGGACACACCAGAAGUGAUAGAGAGCCUCGGAGGCGUUGGAAAUCUUACCGAUCGUAUUUCAAAGCGCGAUCGUGAGCGCAGGAACGUCAUCGAGCGUAGAAAGGAGGAGAAGCAGCAGCUGAGUGUCGAGUCAGAGCAGCUGAGUUUCUUCCAGGAGACGUUUUACCUCACCUGCAACAAAGUCAAAGACAUGCUGGACUCGGCGCCCCUGGCUCAGACUUCCGCGCUUCCGGGGAUCUUCGAUAAAAUAAACAAAGAAAUCCAGACCCUGUGGAACUAUUUGUCCCAGUCAAAGAUAUUCCUAAAAGUCUACGACAUUCGUCGAGCCCAAGAAACCCUCCAACGCCUCGAGACUGAGGCCGCCGAUCUGGAGCCCAAGCUCCUGCCCAAGAAGAAGUUUGGUUUCAAAAACCGGCGGCCUGCUAAAAAGCCAUCAGAUAAAUCCCUAGAUGUCACUGACGGACUGAAGAACCUCAACCUCUCGGAGACAGUCACCUCAAAUGGAGCAACAAAGCAGCACAAUGAACUAAUUAGUAAGUACACCGACAGUGCAAGCAGUUUAAUUGGCAAAUCAGACCUCACCCUGACGUUAGACGCCGAAAAUGUAAACAAGAAUGACGUUCUAUUGUCUGAUUUAACUCGAUGCAAUGUGCGCAUUUAUGGUGCGCCGAGUACCGUACACAUGAUUAAUCUUAAGCAAUGCCAAGUACUCAUUGGACCAGUCUCGUCAUCCGUGUUUGUUAACAAUUGUGACUCAUGUACCUUUGCAUUUGCAUGCCAGCAAUUACGUUUACACUCGUCGACGGACUGUACCAUCUAUCUCCACGUUACCAGUCGCGCUAUCAUCGAGGACUCAACUAAAAUAAAAGUCGCCCCGUACAGCUGGAGUUACGAGGACCAGCAAAGUCACUUCAAUCUGGCUGGGCUCGACGUAAAAACCAACAACUGGGACUCCGUUGACGACUUCAAUUGGCUUUCCUCCGAAAAACAUUCACCUAAUUGGUCAGUCUUAAAACCGGAGCUCAGGGUCAAAUUCUGGGAUUGAAAUUUUACGUUUUUUUACCUAAUUAUUAUUAUUAUUAUUAUUAUUAUACAUAUAUUUUGGACUCUCACAGUGGAUAAGUUGGCUGAUUAAAUCUUAGAUAUUUUAUUUGAAUAUAUUUGUCCAAGACAUACAUAGUAUCUAAUAUUUUAAUCAUGUCAAAUUAUUAAGUAAUAAACACGUGUAUUUUCGCUUUUACACAAUUAAUAAAUGCACGUUAUCUUGA